AUGCUCGAAACGAUGUAUCGCUCCAACCUUCCGUUCUUCCCCGAGGGCCCCUUGGACUUCGAGGAGCACUUCCCGCCCUUGCAGCUCUCGGACGCCUACAUAGAAACGGAGAAGCAGCGAAGGUUCCUUCGACUGGCAGCAGUGGUCUGGACAGCAGCCUCGCAUGGAGUGGCGGCCUUGGACCAAGCCCUUGGGGCUUUGCGGAAAGGCAGCGUCCCAUUGGACCGGGUGGCUCUGAACACGCCGGUGAUGUAUCGCUCCGGAGGCCGAAGCAGGAGCUUGACCGGACCGCUGCUCAUGUUCGUCGUCGACCAGAUGACUCUGCACCAGUCGUCGAAACACAUCGUCCAGGCAGUGGUGGCUGGCAACGCUGACGUGAAUUCGAGUUAUGUCCUUUUCCCCACCGGGAAGCACAAGGCAAUAGCCAAAUUUCCGGUGCUCUGCCUGGCCGGCAACCGGGCACUCGACUUCGCGGAAGAAGCUUUGCUGGAGCGGAAGGCGGAUGCCAACCGCGAGAUUACUCUGAACUACUUCCCGAACGGAGGCAAUCCUCUUUGGAGCGCCGUCUGGGGCAGCAACAAUGCCAUGAUCCGGCUCCUCCUCGGCUUCGGCGAUGCGAACGUGAACAUACACGCCUGGCACCCCGAUGCGCCGCCUCUGACAGGCCAGCCGCGUGAGGUUCAACUGCUUUCCCUGGCCUCUACGGCGCUGGACUCCGAGCAUGUCCACCUUCUGCUGGAGUGCAAUGCUGACUUUCAAGAGGAGCUGUCGUCCACCUUCGCACUGUGCCACGCAGAUGUGAGCAAGUUGCUUGCAAGCCAUGUGGCCUACCGCCACCCUGAGGCGCUUGUCCAGCGGUGCGACGAGCUGGAUGCUUGCCUUGUCGGGUCUUUGGGGCUUUUGGGCUUGGGUGAGGUUGAGGGACCAGAAGCCGCGGGAGGGGACGUGCGGCAUUUGGAUCGAUUGGGCCUUCCAGGCGACUUUGUCCGAGUCAAGGAGAUCGCCCGUGACGACGCAGCCAAGAGGCGCUUCCGGGUCGCGCUGGACAGAGCCUCGGUGCUGCGCGAGGUGGGCUGCAGCGGGCCGCGGGCGCACGACUCCCUGAUCCGGUUCACCUGCGAUCUGAUCCAGCGCCUGCCGAGUAUAGACCUCUUGCGGAAGAUUUUUCGUGACAGGCGGCAACCGCACACCUGGGGUGGCGAGCUUGAGGCGCAGGCGCUGGCCCGACUGCACGAGGUGAAUGCGGUUCCAAACGCGGCGGCCGAUUUCUCGCUUUCAGCGGUGGGUGCUGAAAAAGAUCAUCCUCAAGGAGCUGGCCUUGGGGGUCCGCCCACUUGUCGCGUUGCCGUAAGAGAGAGCGCACGGCCGGCGUUGGCGAUGCUGCUGCGGUGUGGGGCAAUCCAUCGCAAUCCGGCCGCGCUGCACCGCCUUGGCACGAAAGAGAUGUCGCAUAAGGAACUCGGCCUCACCACCGUGCUCGUUACCCACGACAUGUUGGUCCGUGCUGUGCACAGCCGCUGGUCUCUGCAGCAUGCCUGGGAUGCACAAUGGCUGGCCUUCCACCAGGAGGAGGCUGCUCCUCUGGUUCCACCGCCAUCACCAGCACUCCCUGGACCCGGGCAGGUAGGUGCCAGCUCGUGCGCUUCUGCGGCAGCAGAACUGGUUGAUGAGGAGCCCCACGUGCCCAGACCGAAAACUCCAAGGUAA